CAUUAGGGGGUGGAGAGACAGCGCCCGGUGCAGGGGGAGCUGCUAUUGGUACGCAGGGAAUAGACACCAGCUCCUGGGAGCAGGAGGCAGCCAGGCAGAGCGAGCGGCAGCCCCGAGCAGCAGCAGCCCGCCCCCUGCCCGAGCCUCGUCUCUCCCCGCGGCAAGUCUGAGCGCCACCGGCCGCCUCCCUCCGGGCACCGCCAUGGGCUCCCCCCAGAAGCCGCCCCUCGCUCACCUCUUCAAAGGCACCUUCGUGCACGCCAGCCGCUCCUCGCCCAUGACCGUGCUGCACGGCCACCUGCUGGGCGUGGGCGACGACGGGCGAAUUGUGUUUUUGGAGCAAGCAGAUCAGCAAGAGCAACUAGCUAAGAAGUGGGGCUUCAAAGCAUCUGAUAUAAGAGAGCUUAGUAAUCAUGAAUUCUUCAUGCCAGGAAUGGUUGAUACUCAUAUCCAUGCACCUCAGUAUGCAUUUGCUGGAUCAAGAAUAAAUCUACCUCUUUUGGAAUGGUUAAACACAUAUACAUUUCCAACAGAAGCCAAAUACAAAGAUAAUGAUUUUGCUGAAGAAGUAUACACCAGAGUUGUAAGAAGAACGCUAAAGAAUGGCACGACUACAGCAUGCUACUUUGCAACAAUUCACACAGCUGCUUCUUUGCUACUUGCUGAAAUUAUAGAUAAAUUUGGUCAGCGAGCAUUUGUUGGCAAAGUUUGCAUGGAUCUCAAUGAAUUUGUUCCGGAAUACAAGGAAAGCACUGAUGAAUCUGUCAAGGAGACAGAAAGGUUUGUUAGAGAACUACUAGAAAAGAAAUAUCAAAAGGUACAACCCAUAGUGACGCCUCGUUUUGGACCUUCCUGCACUGAGGAGUUGCUGAGUAGACUUGGUGACUUUGCGAAGGCUCAUGAUAUUCAUGUGCAGAGUCAUAUAAGCGAGAAUGAUGGAGAAAUCAAACUUGUGGAGCAAAUGUUUCCUGCCUAUAAAAAUUAUGCUGAUUUAUAUGAUAAAAACAAGCUACUUACAAGCAAGACUGUGAUGGCCCAUGGCUGUCAUCUCUCUGACGAAGAGCUGAAACUUUUUAGUCUUCGAGGAGCUGCAAUUGCCCAUUGCCCCAAUUCAAACUUUAUGUUGUGCAGUGGCAUUUUAAACAUACAAAAUGUUUUGAAGCACAAUGUGAAGAUUGGUCUUGGCACAGAUGUUGCUGGUGGGUAUUCAGCCUCCAUGCUUGAUGCUAUCAGGAAAUCGAUGUCUGCAUCUAAUAUCUUUCAAAUUAAUAAAGUGAACGAGACAGGCUUAACUCUUAAAGAAGCUUUCAGACUAGCAACUCUUGGAGGGAGCCAAGUCCUCGGACUAGAUGAUGUGAUUGGAAACUUUGAAGUUGGCAAAGAAUUUGAUGCACUGCUGAUCAACCCCAAGGCUUCAGACAGUCCUUUUGACUUGUUUGCUGCAGAUACUUUUGAGGAUAUUAUCCAGAAGUUCCUGUAUCUAGGUGAUGAUCGGAAUAUUAAUGAAGUAUAUGUGGCAGGCAAGCAAGUGGUUCCUUUUUCAAGUUCAGUAUAAUUUCAUUUCCCUUCUGCAAAACAUUCUAUGGAUCAUUCUGCAUCUAAGUUUGAAGGGAUUGGUUAAAUGCAGUGCCUCAUUGUCAAGAGUGACACCUCACUUUCUUUGUUUAAUGCUAUGAAUUUGCAAAAUAAUUACGAGCCUUGUUAGAUUACAGUUUACCUUAGCAAGAUGAUCACAUUUGUAUAAGGGAAAAGGCUUUUAAGUCCAUCUUUACAAUUCACAUCCAUGAGCAGUGGGGGGUGGGUGGAAGAGAAAGCAGGGGCAGUUAGAUUAAAGCUAGUGUGGUAUACCUACUCUAGCAGAGGUUCCAGAUGAAUACUGUGCAGCUGUCUGAAGCUCACAGAUUGCCAGAGCCAAAUGGAAUUCAAACCUUGCAUGUUUUUAGUUGUGUUCUGGGCCUGAUUCUCUUCGCACACAGCAGUUUAUACCAGUUAACUGAAUGGACUUCAGUGGGAUUACUCCUGAUUUAAACUGGUGAGAGAUCAGACUCAGGCCCCAUGAUUUCUGCAUAAACCAAGUUUUGGUAAAGAAAAUUUAUAGUUUUUAAGGCCAGAAAGGGAAAGUUCUCCCACCCCAACUGUCAUAACUUCCAAAUGAUCAAGCAGCUUUGUAUAAAAAGCUUUUCCUUUUUAUGAGAGAAAUGAGUGGCUAAAAAACAGAGGAUCCAUAAAUAUUCCCUGUGUGUUCACAGUAUUUGUAAUUCCUGUAGAAUAUAGUUUUGAACUGAGAUAGAUUUUUAAUAGCAAAACCAGAGAAGUUUAAAAUUUAUAGAAUUUACUUGUUCCUGCAAGUGCUUGUCAGGAACUAUUAUCUGUGUUUGAGCACAGAGGCAGGCAUAAUCCCAGUCUGGUUCACUUCCAGUUUAAAGAUGCCCUUUUAAUUUUUGAAAAAGUGAUUAAACUCUUCCCUUGAAGAGCACAUUUCCCUACAUUUUAGCUCUGCCAUUUUGCUUCUGGGGUUAGGCAGUUGGUUUACCUCCUGCUGGCCUAAUGCCUCUUUUUCAUGAUUGCUUUGUAACACAAUGGAAGUGCACUUGAAUUUAAAUACCCUCAGAGACCUUUCCUCUAGGCCAGGUCUACACUAGGCAAUUAGGUCAGUAUAACUAUAUAUUGUUCAGGGGUGUGAAAAAUCCACACCCCUGAGCGAAGACCUAAUCCCAGGCAUAGACAGCACUAGGUCAACUGUAGAAUUCUCCUGUGGACAUAACGACUACUUCUCGGGGAGGUGGAGUACCUAUGCUGAUGGGAGAAGCCUCCCAUUGGCAUAGGUCAAUGGUGGGCAACCUGCGGCCGGUGGGCCACACGUGGCCUGUCAGGGUAAUCUGCUGGUGGGCCGCCAAACCAUUUGUUUACAUUUGCACAGCCGUAUGAAGCUGCCAGUGGCCGCAGUUCGCCAUUCCUGGCCAAUGGGAGCUGCAGGAAGCGGCGGCCUGCAGGUUGCCCAUUACAGUGCCAGAGGAUCCCUAAAAAUCUGCAAGAUAUAGCAGCCAAAACGCAGCACAACCAUUUGGGGAAAAGUAACUGAGGAUCCCAUUGUGGAAUUUUACUCCCCCAAAGGUUUUCUAUGAAAUUCUGCACCCCUCACCAUUUGCACAAAAUUGCCUAAAUAAAGACAAAUCAAAGCACAACCUCUUCCCCCCGCCCCUCCCCCCCCCCCCAAAAAAUACACCACAAACAAAAUAUGAGCUGGCCCCAAGGCAUAAAGAGAAGAUACGAAAUGGAACUAAGGACAAAGCCAGAUCCUCAGCUGGUGUAACUUGCCAUAGCACAAUGAACUUCAGCUGAGCAUCUGGCCCAAAGAGUACAAAUGGGGGCGAGAGAACCUCUGAAGCACAUAUAACCAACUACUUCCAGUUGUCUACCCAGACUCUGGAUGGAAUCUUUGAUGUUAUUUGUGUCUUUCAUUUAUGUUCAAUGCCAGCAUGCAAUUCAGAAAAAAGAUGGGCUGUGGGAGGCUAGCUUGCUGGACCAAUAUGCUUAAUGUAUACUAUGUUAAGACCAGCACUUUUUAUUUAUUAUAAAUGGAAUCUAUUUGAAAUUUUAUGUCUUUAUCUUACUGUGUCACUUGUUAAACUUCUGCUUUUAGUUAUUAAUGAAAUUGCUCCUAAAUAUUGCCUAUGCUUUAUGCAGCAUUAUUUGAAUUAUUCAUGUGUAGCAAGUGGUGAUCUGCACUUUAAAAUGUUGCCUUGGCCUAAUGUUUAUAGUUAUUCUGUGAUUUUUGCCAGCAGAAGGCAUUGUAGACUGAAGAGAGAGAUUCUGUAUUUGUUCAUUUGUACUGAAUGUUUUCAUUGCUGGAGUGUAAUUUCUGUUAGUAAGGAAAGAGUUAAAGGAACCCCGUCAAGUAGUUUAUGCUCAAGUGUAGGUUGUGGGGACCGGAGGAGGGGGUCCUUUAAUGGAUUUAUAAAACCUGAUAUGAAUAGAAAUAUUUUCAUUGAAUUAAGAAAAGUUCUGUGGAAACAGGCUUUUAAAUUUAGCCUGUAGUGUGGACAGCAAAGCACAACAAAAAGCAACAUAAAUGGACAAAAGUAAAUUGGAGUUCUUUUAAAGAAUAUUUCAGUUUCAAAAAUCAAAGAUUUUACCAGCAUAAUCAGACAAGGACUUCAAAACAUGUAUAGUUUUAAGUGUUCCUAUAGGUAAUCAAUAACGCAUGACAAGAUGUGUAGCUUUUGAAAUUUAUAAUGCGUUUAUAUAAAUCAAUGGUACAGCCUCAUCUGUAUGCAGUACUGUCACCCCCAUCUCAAGAAGGAUAUUGCAGAAUUAGAGGGGAGGACCAACAAGAAUGAUCAAGGGCCUAGAAAAAUUCUCAUAGAUAUUUAGGUCAGAAGGGACCAUUAUGAUCAUCUAGUCUGACCUCCUGCACAACACAGGCCACAGAAUUUCACCCACCACUCCUACAAAAAAAACCUCACACCUAUAUCUGUGCUAUUGAAGUCCUCAAAUCGUGGUUUAAAGACUUCAAGGAGCAGAGAAUCCCCCAGCAAGUGACCUGUGCCCCAUGCUACAGAGGAAGGCGAAAAACCUCCAGGGCCUCUUCCAAUCUGCCCUGGAGGAAAAUUCCUUCCCGACCCCAGAUAUGGCGAUCAGCUACACCCUGAGCAUAUGGGCAAGAUUCAUCAGCCAGAUACUACAGAAAAUUCUUUCCUGGGUAACUCAGAUCUCACCCCAUCUAAUAACCCAUCACAGGCCAUUGGGCCUAUUUAUGAAUAUUUAAUUACCAGAACCAUGUUAUCCCAUCAUACCAUCUCCUCCAUAAACUUAUCAAGUUUAAUCUUAAAGCCAGAUAGAUCUUUUGCCCCCACUGCUUCCCUUGGAAGGCUAUUCCAAAACUUCACUCCUCUGAUGGUUAAAAACCUUCAUCUAAUUUCUAGUCUAAAUUUUCUAGUGGCCAGUUUAUAUCCAUUUGUUCUUGUGUCCACAUUGGUACUGAGCUUAAAUAAUUCCUCUCCCUCUCUGGUAUUUAUCCCUCUGAUAUAUUUAUAGAGAGCAAUCAUAUCUCCCCUCAACCUUCUUUUAGUUAGGCUAAACAAGCCAAGCUCCCCGAGUCUCCUUUCAUAAGACAAGUUUUCCAUUCCUCGGAUCAUCCUAGUAGCCCUUCUCUGUACCUGUUCCAGUUUGAAUUCAUCCUUCUUAAACAUGGGAGACCAGAACUGCACACAGUAUUCCAGGUGAGGUCUCACCAGUGCCUUGUAUAACGGUACUGAAACCUCCUUAUCCCUACUGGAAAUACCUCUCCUGAUGCAUCCCAAGACCGCAUUAGCUUUUUUCACAGCCAUAUCACAUUGGCAGCUCAUAGUCAUCCUGUGAUUAACCAAUACUCCAAGGUCCUUUUCCUCCUCCGUUACUUCUAAUUGAUGCAUCCCUAGCUUAUAACUAAAAUUCUUGUUAUUAAUCCCUAAAUGCAUGACCUUACACUUCUCACUAUUAAAUUUCAUCCUAUUACUAUUACCCCAGUUUACAAGGUCAUCCAGAUCCUCCUGUAGGGAUAUCCCUGUCCUUCUCUAAAUUGGCAAUACCUCCCAGCUUUGUAUCAUCCGCAAACUUUAUUAGCACACUCCCACUUUUUGUGCCAAGGUCAGUAAUAAAAAGAUUAAAUAAGGUUGGUCCCAAAACCGAUCGUUGAGGAACUCCACUGGUAACCUCCCUCCAGCCUGACAGUUCACCUUUCAGUAGGACCCGUUGUAGUCUCCCCUUUAACCAAUUUCUUAUCCACCUUUCAAUUUUCCUAUUGAUCCCCAUCUUAUCCAAUUUAACUAAUAAUUCUCCAUGUGGCACGGUAUCAAAUGCCUUACUAAAAUCUAGGUAAAUUAGAUCCACUGCGUUUCCUUUGUCUAAAAAAUCUGUUACUUUCUCAAAGAAGGAGAUCAGGUUGGUUUGGCACGAUCUACCUUUUGUAAAACCAUGUUGUAUUUUGUCCCAUUUACCAUUGACUUCAAUGUCCUUAACUACCUUCUCCUUCAAAAUUUUUUCCAAGACCUUGCAUACUACAGAUGUCAAACUAACAGGCCUAUAAUUAUCUGGAUCACUUUUUUUCCCUUUCUUAAAAAUAGGAACUAUGUUAGCAAUUCUCCAAUCAUAUGGUACAACCCCUGUGUUUACAGAUUCAUUAAAAAUUCUUGCUAAUGGGCUUGCAAUUUCUCAUAUGAUGAGAGCCUGAAAAGUGUGGGAUUAUUUUCCAUAGAAAGGUGGUAAGAGGGAACAUGAAACCAGAAUAUAAAAUAAUAAACAAAAACAAGGGGACAUUGAGUGAAAUUAAAAUGUGGGACAUUCAAAACUGACAGAAGGUCAUUCUUUUUCAUACGUUGUGAUACUCAUUGCCACAGAUGUUAGUGACACCAAGAACUUGAAAAGAUUCAAAAGGGGACUGGACAUUUAUAUAGACAUCAAGAAUAUCCAGAGAAUUAUAAUUAGCAGUGGGUGAAUAACGGAUUUUUUAGUUCCCUGGCAGUUCUGAAAAAUAAAAAGAAUAUGGUUUCAGUCAACCCAAACCCAGAAACUUCAAAAAAUUUUGAUAAGUCAAAAAAAAUCCAUUUAGUAAUGUUUUGUUUCAGAUAUUUUUGAAGGGCUAGAUUCACAAAAUGCUGAUGGUGACAGGGUUAGAAGAUGGCGGUGAUGGUGCCCUCCUUAUAACUUGUAGUUCAGUGGUUAGAGUACUCACUUGGGAUGGGCAAGACCCAGGUUCAAUUCCCCUGUGCCUCAUAUGGAAAAGAGAUUUGAACUUGGGUAUCCCACAGUGCAGGAGAGGGCCCUGACCACUGGGUUAUGGGGCAGCUCUCACUUUCUCUUGCUGAAGUUGUUUCACUUGUUAUAAAUAGUCAUUGGAGCAGUGACUUGAACUUUGGUCUCCUACAUCUUAGACGAGUGCCCUAACAUGGCUUGUCCUAGUCUACACUGACCACAAAGUCAUGGUCACCAUCAUCUCGUCUAAUUCCAGGGUUCCCAGUCAUGCUGAAACACAAUAACAUUUUCUAAUGCAGAUGAGCCUUCAAUAGCUUGUCUGCUGAGACUGCCACCAGGGAAUGGUGGUGGGUUUUGUGAGGUGGAUGCCUAUCCCAGAGAAUCUGCACUAAGACUUUCCCCCUUUAUCUUUAUGUUCCCAUUCCAUGUCCAGUAAGGUUCUAAGCUAGUGGGUUAGAUUCAUUCCAGGGUGACAAUGACCUAUGUUGAUGUAAACCUUAGUGUAGAUCACUGACACUAGAAAAUUCACUAGGGGACCAGGCUGCAGCUGUGCAAAGCAGUCAUACAACCUCUGCUAGUCUGCAGAGCCACGGACAGCACAAGAAGCAGUGCUAGGCAGUAUGGGCAACGUUCUGAUUCAGCACAUCCCCUAACAGGUCGUGGUGGGGAAGGUCUUGUGCAACUUAAGGGAGGGUUAUGGCAGCAAUACUGGCUGCUCUCCUUAGGGAUCACACCUUGUCCUUCCUCCCCAGCAUGUAAUUUACACCUCCUUGGGCCAGUUUUGCUGAAACUGGCCAAUGGUCCCAUCUGCCUGGUUCCUGUUAUACGUAGGUCCCGGUUCUCUCUUUCCAGCUGUUCUGAGGAAAACACUUAACAGAAAUAAUGUUGUUCAGUUCCUCCUUUCUAUUCUAAUUAUGUGUGUCUUGGAGGGGGGAAUUUGGAAUAAUGGUAUUUGCUUUUUGCACUGUUCUGCUUGUUUCUGAUUGUGCUGAAUGAACACCCAUGUACUGCUGAAACAAAAUAAAGAGGCCUUGUGUUUACAUUAA